UCGCAGUGUGCAGUUCGCCAUGAGCUCUCUUUGGCUAUUUGUGGUGCAAGUACUUUUCCUUCUGCCCCUCGUGGAAUUCGGAAUGGCUCUGGUGAGCGAUGCGGAGUGGGCAGAGUACAAGGCUCAGUACAAUAAGCAGUACAAGUUCAACGACAAUUUUCAUCGGGCUUUGUACGACAAGAAGGUCGUAGCCGUGGCCAAUCACAACAGGCUCUACGACCAGGGCAAAGUGGGAUUCAAGAUGGGACUGAACGAGUUCUCCGACACAGAUCAGAGUGUGCUCUUCAGGUAUCGUACGUCGAUGCCCAUUCCUCCGGAGCCCUUCACUGAGGGCGUGACCAAGUCGCCGGGAUACAAGAGCUACGACCAGAUAACCGGGGGCAUAGACUGGCGGGAGUACGGCUACAUCUCGGCCGUGGGAAACCAGGGCACCGAGUGCCUCAGUUGCUGGGCCUUCUCCGCCACGGGCGUCCUGGAGGCCCAUCUGGCCAAGAAGUACUCCAGGCUGGUGCCACUGUCGCCCAAACACCUGGUGGACUGCGUUCCCUCUCUGAUUAAUAACUGCAAAGGAGGCUGGGUCAGCGUGGCCUUCAACUAUGUGAGGGAUAAUGGCAUUGCCACCAAGCAAUCCUAUCCCUACGAACCCAAAGUUGGGGCAUGUCGCUUGAAAAACAUCAGAAGGCCGGGCAUCAUUCGUGGCCAUGUAACUCUAACCAGCCGGGAUGAACGGGAACUGGCCGAAGUGGUCUACAACAUUGGACCCGUGGCCGUGUCCAUUGACCAUCUUCAUGUGGAAUUCGAACAGUAUUUCGGUGGCUUCCUCAGCAUUCCGACGUGCAGGUCCGAUAAAAUGAACCUCUCACACUCCGUUCUAAUAGUGGGCUUCGGAACCCAUCCGCGGUGGGGCGACUACUGGAUAAUCAAGAACUCCUAUGGAACAGCCUGGGGCGAGAGUGGCUACUUUAAGCUGGCUCGGAACGCCAACAACAUGUGUGGCGUGGCAACCCUUCCCCAAUAUCCCCUUGUAUGAGUACAGAUCGUAAUGGAAAUAAAUGUAUACUCACCCAGAUAAUUUACUUUCAUUUUAAUUCGAUUAUUAAAGGACAAGAGAUCGAUGGACUAUUCAUUUUCAUAUAUGUACGAAUGAAUUACGCAUUACAGAUUCCACUAUAUUAUGUAAUCUUUUCUUGAAAUAAAGGUGGCAUCAUGAUUCCCGAGAACUGGAAA